AUGGGGUUGUGGAGGUGUAAUAUCACAAAUGAAGGUUGUGUUGCUCUGACUUCAGCUCUGAGAUCAAACCCAUCACACCUGAGAGAACUGAAUCUGUCUCAGAAUAAUCUAAGAGAUUCAGGAGUGAAGCUGAUCUCUGAUGUACUGAAGAAUCCUGACUGUAAACUGAAGAUACUGAAGUUGUGGAGGUGUAAUAUCACAGAUGAAGGUUGUGUUGCUCUGACUUCAGCUCUGAGAUCAAACCCAUCACACCUGAGAGAUCUGGAUCUGUAUGAUAAUAAACUAAGAGAUUCAGGAGUGAAGCUGAUCUCUGAUGUACUGAAGAAUCCUGACUGUAAACUGGAGAUACUGAAGUUGAUGAGGUGUAAUAUCACAAAUGAAGGUUGUGUUGCUCUGACUUCAGCUCUGAGAUCAAACCCAUCACACCUGAGAGAUCUGGAUCUGUCUCAGAAUAAUCUAAGAGAUUCAGGAGUGAAGCUGAUCUCUGAUGUACUGAAGAAUCCUGACUGUAAACUGAAGAUACUGAAGUUGUGUGAUUGUAAUAUCACAGAAAAAGGUUGUGUUGCUCUGACGUCAGCUCUGAGAUCAAACCCAUCACACCUGACACAUCUGGAUCUGUCUCUGAAUCAACUCACAGAUUCAGGAGUGAAGCUGAUCUUUGAUGUACUGAAGAAUCCUGACUGUAAACUGGAGAUACUGAAGUUGAUGAGGUGUAAUAUCACAGAUGAAGGUUGUGUUGCUCUGACUUCAGCUCUGAGAUCAAACCCAUCACACCUGAGAGAACUGUAUCUGUCUAAUAAUAAUCUCACAGAUUCAGGAGUGAAGCUGAUCUCUGAUCUAAAAGAUGAUCCACAUUAUAAACUACAGACAGUAUGGACUUUAGGACAGAGACAGUAAAGAUGUAAAGAUGUCUGAUGUUCAGUAUGAUCUGAUGGUGAAUAAGAAGACACAAUAGUGACAUCACUUCCUCUUAACCGUAUGAGUUGAUUAUUCAGUACAGGAUCUGAUCUGUGACUUUAUCUAAAUCUGACUUUGAAGUGUUGGAGGUAAAUCUUCAUCCUAACUCAGCUUCUGUCUACACAUUUCCUAUAAGAGCGAUUUAUCAGUCAGUAUAAGAGGAGCAAGAAAUCCCAUAGGAUCAUAAACUGAAGUAAAUACUGACAAGAUUCCUCUUCUUCUACACUGUUGGGGUUUUUAACUUCAUCUUAAACUGAAAUGUGUUCAAGUUCAGCACAACAUUGAAGACGCGAAGCUCAUUUAUCCCUAAAUCCAAAUAUUGGACGUCUUUACUUUUGUGUUCUUCAGGAUCUGACUGCAGGACUUUGUGAUGAUUAUGUGAUCAAUUACAAAAAAGUUGAGACACUGAAUGAAAUGUAAAUAAAAUCACAAUGCAAUCAUUUUUAAAUCUUAUAAACACAGAAAACAAAUCAAAUGUUUCCUCUGAGGAAAUUAAACUUUUGAAGAAUAAAAUAAGGUCAAUUUAAAUUUGAUGUCAUGAAGACGUGUUAAUAAAGUUGGGACAGGGUCAUGUUUAUCUCUGUGUAGUAAACAACUGCUUAUGGCUUAUGUAAACAUUUUAUUGCUUUUGGUCUUAAAGCCUAAUAAACAGUACCUGUUGAAUUCAUUAAAGUUAAUUAACAAAAGAAGAUGAAAUCACUCAAUGAUCCUUACUGUAACUUUUGUAACUUCG